UCGAAGUUCGAACGACGUUCGUCGGCAAACGGUGCGAUCCGGCAAGGUGCAACGUCCAAAAAUGGCGUUUCUCGCGUAGCUCACCGCAACAUCAAACUAUCACUCGGCAUCGUCGACGUGUGGAACAGGCUUCGUUGACAGAGAAGUCCCAAGAUUACGAAGGAAUAAAGGAGGAUUUGGUGUUCAAGAGGCUUCCCUCGAGAGAGACCGCCCGACAAAAACGAAGAAGAAACGACGAUGGAAAGGACCGAACAAUUACGACCGGAGCAACUGGUGGGCUUGGUGGCUCGUUCCGCGGAAGGCACGGCGGCCAAAGGGAUGCCGAUCAAAGGCCACGAGGAUCUAUGGGUGGAGAUUCAGGCGAAUACGUUUAGGAACUGGGUGAACGAGCACUUGAAGCACGCCGCGGAUGUUGCGGACGGCCCUGUAAUCGAUCUUGCGGAGGAUUUUCGAGACGGCACGCGACUUUGCGCCCUCGUCGAGGUUCUCACCAAUCGACGAUUGCCUCGAUGGAAUCCAAGACCAGCGAAUCAGCAUCAUCACUUGGAAAACGUGUCGACGGCGCUUCAGGCUAUCGAGGCUGACGGCGUGAAACUCGUUAACAUCGGCAACGUGGACAUCGUCAAUGGAAAUUUGAAAUUGAUCCUUGGCUUGAUAUGGUCGCUCAUUGUACGCUACCAAAUAGGCAAGUCCAAGUUCCCUCCAAGGAAACUCAUGCUCGCUUGGCUCAAGGCUGUCCUGCCAGAAUGCAGAGUGAAUAAUUUCACGACGGACUGGAACUCCGGCGUGUACCUGAGCGCGUUGCUGAAUUAUUGUCAACCAGGAUUGUUCUCCCACUGGCGCCAACUCGAUCCCAACGAUAGCGUAUACAAUUGCCGAAAAGCCAUGGAAAUAUCGAAGCGUGAAUUCGAUAUACCGAUGGUACUGGAACCAGAGUACCUUGCGUCUCCAUAUUUGGACGAACUAUCGGGAAUGACCUACUUGUCGUACUUCAUGAAGGAAGGUUCGCCCGGUUUUCAUGCAACGUUACGAUGGGUCAACACACAAUUACCUCAUCACACUGUGCAGAAUUUUAAAACCGAUUGGAACGACGGCCGAGUUUUGUGCGGGAUCGUGAGGAAUUUAGGCGGUUCGGCACCAGCUUACGAGAAGAUCGACACCGACCCGUCUGCAUGGGAGCAUAACAAUCAAAUGGGUAUCGACGGAGGCAAGAAACUGGGCGUGGAGCCUAUUCUCAAGGCGAAAGACAUGGCCGAUCAGAACGUGGAACAUUUAGGCGUGAUGGCGUAUGCGGCAUACUUCCAGUGGGUGAAGCCUCGCCCUCAAGCGUGCAAACAAAUUGUCGUACACAUAGACAGCACUUCCGCUAGAGUGCAACAACCGGCGCAUUUCAAGCUGGAAAUGCUUACCAAAGAAGUAAACACGAGGGAAGUACGGGGCGAAGUGAUCAGUCCCAGCGGACGAAUCGAAUGCAGGCUCGCUUGGAACGGAGUUCAUGGGAAGGGAACCUUUAUACCUACCGAAAUUGGAAUGCAUAAGUUAAUGGUAUAUAACGACGGAGAAUUGGUAGACGGAUGUCCGUAUUAUUUUAGAGUUCUACCUUCCUUGACCAAAAUCAAAGCAUCCGGUAUGGAUCCAUGCGCUAUAGGAUCGAUCGUAGAGGUUCUAGUCAACAGUUAUGGAACUAGUCAUGAUGGCAUUGACGUGACUGCAUGGUCCCCGACCGGGAGAUCUUUAUCGUGUCCGGUCAAAGAGAACGAUGGUGUGCACACCGCGACCUUUCAACCCGACGAGACGGGAGAAUGGAGCAUCGCGAUAACUCAUAAGGGAAAUCAUAUUCAAGGCGGACCGUUCACUUGUUUCGUGUUCGAUCCGAACGGGAUAAAGUUGAUGGACACGGACGGCGCCGUACCUGGGCAACCGUUCUCGUUUAUCGUGGACGCAACGGGGACCGGAGGUCUUGGCGAUGUGAUUAUAGAUUUGGUUCACGACAAGCAGUCCGUACCUUUCAGAAUGGAAGAUUACGGGCACAUGAGAUACCGAGUUUCGUUCGUUCCGUCCGAAUCUGGAAAGUACAGAGUUUACGUGUACUUCAACGGCUCCGAUGUUCGAGGCUCCCCGUUCUCCAUUCGAGUGGGAAGUCAAAAGGGAUCGAGAAGAUCGAAGGAGUCAACGUCCAGUCUCGAAAGGUCGAAGCUGUCCUCGCUGGAAAGACGAAUGAAUGGAUUGAACGUAUCCGUUGGAGCCGAUCGGUCCAGCCCUGUUCAGAAAACGUAUUCUUCGUCCGCGUACAAAUCAUCGAGUCCGAUCCAACGCGUCCGUGACUACUCUCCUAUUCGUCAGGCUACCUCCACGUACAAGACAACAUCGAGUAAUUAUUCGGUAGAAAACUCCAGUUCGACUUACGCGUCGACGUCGUUCAAUCGUACUCGAUCACCGAAUCACAGUCAGAGUCCAGUCUCACGGAAUCUCCAUAGUCCGUCGAUGAUAAAGGAAACGAAGGAAAUGAAUUCCAGCACUGUGUACAAUCAAGUGAGAUCAUCACCUACCGUGCAAAGUCCUAAUCUUCUGAAGGAAUCGAAAGAUAUAUACGUAUCUAAUACAGUAAGCAGCUCUCGUUCGCCAAAUCCAAGCCCGACUACCCAUGCCCCGAGAUUGGCUUCUCCUAUCAUCAAAGAGACUCGUGAGAUUUAUAAUUCUGGCUCUCUGAAAAGAUCACGAUCGCCGAAUCGUAGCCCAAUGGCGUAUCGUAGCCCGACGCAGAGUCCCGUUAACAGAAGCUUCAGCCCAAGAAACAACGACAGAGAAAACGGCUUUAACAGAAGGGGUUCUAUGGAUAACGGAGCAAUCGACACCAGCAGCAACGUGAGAGUGUCGUCGAUGGUUGGCGGAACCUCCAGACGAGAUUCCUGGGACGCCAUCGAAAAGACGAAGUCGUUGCUGUCUUACGGUAGCUUAGAAUCCCUUGCCAAUUUGACCAAUAAUUCCCCCACUGCCGAAAGCACGAACAACCACAGUUAUUUGAACAACAAUUACAAAAACACUCAGGCUUACGGCACGAGGAAUGCAACGCACACUAACAACAGCUUCUCGAAUUUCACGUCGUCUCAGAAACUUACGAGUGCCGAUUACUCUCCGUCACAGAAGUACAACAAUGAAAAUCCAAACGCGCGAACGCAGACCCACGGUAUUCUUAAAAAUAAGAAUAAUAAUUAUUACAAAAGUAUGGACACCACGGACGGCGUACACGAUCAUCGAUAUCUUAAUAAUGGGGUUUCUGGUUACGCGGCAACGCAAAGCAAGAAUUCCGUACUCGUAACAGGAAGUGCCCUGGAAAUGUUGCCACUUCACAGGCCGACCGUGUUCACCGUAGAUCCCAGCGUAGAUCCGAACAAUGUAACCGUUAACGUGUCUGGUCCAAACGGAAAGGUAAUCCCCGUUCAGAAGUCAACUCUUCGAGGUUUAACGUACGCUGUAACCGCCGAAGAAGUUGGCGAGUACACGAUUCAAAUAUUAGUAAACGGUCAGCACGUUCCGGGAUCUCCGUUCAGGUCACAGGCGUACAAUGCACGUGCUAUCCAAAUUGGGAACAUUCCGAAUGGCGUGGUCAAUCAACCCGUGGAAUUUGAAAUUGACGGUUCUAGAGCUGGAUCUGGAAACUUAGAGAUCCUGGUUAAUGGCGGCCAUGUGACUAGUUUCGUCAGGGCAUUGGGUAGCCAACGAUUUCUAGCAUCGUUCGUACCUCAUGAAGCUGUUGUACACCUGGUAGAGAUGACGUUCAACGGCGAACUGGUCCCCGGAUCACCGUGGCGAGUGGGCAUCAUGCCAGCCCCAAAAAUGUCAGUAAUUGGGGACUCUGUAAGAUUGGUCCCUGCUGGUAGUCCCGCAUUAUUUGAGCUCUCCGCUCUUGGUUUUACCAGUAGUGAAAUUGACGUCCAAAUUAUAACACCUUCCAAAAGACACUUGCCAGCAAGGAUAGAGGAAGAACCAGGACGUCCUGGAGAGUUUCGUGUUCAGUUUACUCCAACAGAUGUGGGCAGUCAUCUUGUGGAAGUAAGCAUCGCGGGACAAAAGCUACCGGCAGGACCUCUAGUUGCCAAGGUGUACAACAGCAGUUUAAUCCAAGUUACCGAUGUACCCAGUGCUGUAGUAGGGCAUGCCUGCCAAUUUCGAGUUGAUGCUAGCGCGGCUGGCGAAGGACAGCUUGAAAUCUCAAUAAAUGAGGGAGAAGUACCCAAUCAUGUUCAAGUAGUAGGAGGUGGACGUUGCCUUGUUUCUUUCACACCUGAGAUCGCUAAACCACACUACAUAGAUAUCAAAUUCAAUGGAGAAGCAGUAAAAGGAUGCCCGUUUAUUUGUAACGUGUCCGACACAAGCAGAGUAACAUUAAGUUUAAAUCAUCUGGAAUUAAUUCCAGUCGAUCAGCCUGCCAGCUUCCAUAUGGGAGUCGAUGGCAGUGGUAGUGCAGAACUUGCAGUUUCUGUAAGAGGGCCGAACAGCGAACUGCCUGUUAAAGUAACGGGUGACAUAAAAAGUGGUUUCACGGCAGAAUUCAUUCCUAGAGACGUUGGCGUCCAUUCAAUUAGCGUUGAAUAUAAUGGGCACCCUGUAAAUGGUACACCAUUCUUAGCCAAGGCGUUUAAUGCGGAUAAAGUAUUAAUCGGUCCCGUAGCCAGAGGCAGUGUCGGUCAGCCAACGCAUUUUACUGUCGAUGCGAGUCAAGCUGGCGAAGGAAAUUUAGAGAUUACAAUAUCGGCUCGUAAUCAAAAUAUUCCUACUCAAGUGACGCCACAGGGAAAUGCUCGAUUUUCCGUUAGUUUCGUACCAUUCGAAGCAUGUGAACAUGUAAUUAAUAUAGCGUUCAAUAAACGAACUGUGCCAGGCUGUCCGAUUGUAACACGGGUAGGUGGCGAUAGUCAUGUAACAGUGAGUGGGCAGGCAUUAAACAGUGCUGGAUUAGGACGACAAAGCUAUCUUACAGUCAGUAAUGUUGCCGGUAGCUUAGAGGAUUUAGAAGUUAACGUUGAAGGACCCAAUGGACAGGCCGUACCAGCUCAGGUCACUGACAACAAAGACACGACGUGCAGCGUAGCAUUUACGCCGAGAGUCGUUGGAGAACAUAGAAUUUCAGUAAGCCAUCGGAAUGUUCCUGUGGUUGGCAGCCCGUUUAGCUGCAAAGUCUACGAUGUGACUGCUAUCAAAGUAAAAGAUGCUAAACAUGGUGUUAUUGGAAUGCCUGUAACUUUCUUAGUUGAAACUAGUCAAGCAGGACCAGGAAAUUUGGAAGUGACAGUAAAUGGUGGUCGAGUGCCUACGUCUGCUCAAGCACAAGGUCCACACACCUAUGCAAUAUCUUUCACGCCUCGGGAGCCUCUUGUGCACACUGUGGAUUUGCGGUUCAACGGAGAAGAUGUACCUGGUAGUCCCUUUAGUUGUCAGGUGAGCGAUACAGCAAAAGUAGUAAUAACUGAAGGAUUGGAAAAAGUAUCUGUGAAUCGCCUGACAACAUUUACAAUAGAAGCGGACGCUUCUUUAGGAACACCUAUUGUAGAAGUUCUUUCACCCACUAGGGAUAGUUUACCGAUUCACGUGAAACAGAACGGACACGGAUGUUACACUGCAGGCUUUACUCCAAAAGAUGUUGGUGAUCACAGUGUUGAAGUAAAGUUAAGCGGAUCACAUGUGGAAGGUAGCCCAUUUUUAGUGAAAGCUUACAACGCAGACAAAGUAAAAGUGACGGAUAUAAAUAGUGGUGUUGUUGGAAAGCCAGUUUUCUUCAGCAUUAAUGCCAGUCAAGCAGGUGCUGGUAAUCUCGAAAUCAUUGUCGCCGUAAAUGGCAAAAACGUACCAAAUUAUGUACAAAGCGAAGGAAACGCGAAGUUCAGGGUUAAUUUCAAGCCACAAGAAGCUGCUGUUCAUAGUCUUAGCGUUCGUUUCAAUGGGGAACCUGUUCCAGGUUCACCAUUCAGCUGUAAAGUAGUCGGCGCAGGUCAAGCCAUAAUAGCGGGUCACAAUUUAAAAAUGGGAGCUGUAAAACAGUUGAUGUCGUUCGCAGUAGAUCCCCAAGCUGCGUCGACGAAUUGUGACGUGAUCGUUACGCCGCCGUCUGGUAUAUCUCUUCCUAUUACGAUAGAACCUGUCGAUGGAAAAUAUAACAUCAGCUUUGCACCGAUGGAAGUGGGCAGACAUAAUAUCAGCGUAUUAGUGGACAACGAGCAUGUGAAAGGAUCUCCGUUUGCCUGCAAUAUCUACGAUGUUACUAAGGUUCACGUGUCGGGUCUUACCGAAGCACUGCUAGGUCAAGCAACAACAUUUACAGUUGACGCCGCGGAAGCUGGUGAAGGAACAUUAGAAUUAGUAGUGAGUACGGAAAACAAUACCGUGAAAGCCGAGGUUGUUGCCUGCGCUCGUGGAUUGUACGACGUCACGUUCGUUCCCCAAACUACUAGUACUCAUUAUGUUAACAUUAGUUUCAACGAUGACAACGUACCAGGAAGUCCAUUUAAGUGUCCAGUGGUUAGUACUAUGAUAGACGGACCAUCCAUGAUUCGAGUCGGCAAUAUAGCAUACAUGGACUUGGAAAUGCCGGGGUUAGAAGGACCUGUAUCUGCUGAAGUUACAGGACCCGACGGUAUAAUUAUUCCAUGCACGUUAACGAAAUUAUCGUCCCAUUUGUAUCGAGUUGAAAUACGAACGCGACAAGUUGGAACUUACAGUGUGAUAUUCAGCGAUGGUCACAAGAUUAUCAGUUCUCAAACGCUUCAAGCUUUUGAUCCCGGAAAGGUAACGAUCAAAGAAGUGUCAGACGUAGUUUGUCAUCGACCUGGAACUAUUAUAGUGGUUGCGUCGAAAGAAGCUGGACCAGGAAAACUGAGUGUGAACGUACGCUCUGCUGGGACUGACGUUGACAGCGUGGUCAGGGAAGGAGAUAAUAACGUUUAUGAGAUAGUGUUUCAUCCAACGCGAGCUGCUCCUCACAGAGUUCACAUAAAAUAUAACGAAGUUCACAUUGCAGGAAGCCCACUGGAUAUAAGUGUUCGAAGUCCAACUGGAGGACGAGAAGUAACUGCAACAGGAUUAGGGUUGUACCAAUCGUGCGUCGGUAAAGUGACUUCGUUUACGAUUGAAACGUUAGGUCGUCCAGGAAAAGAAUUCGACGUUGUGAUCAGUGGGCCGCAAGGUAAUGCCGUUCCGGUUCGGUGUUAUCAGCAUCGGGAUGGAAAUUUGCUCGCUGAAUUCACUACAAACACUGUUGGAACGUACAAGAUCGACGUUUUACAAGGUGCUAAGCCAGUUCUAGGUUCGCCCUUUUUUUGUCAAGCUUUUGAUGUUUCCAAAGUGAAACUGCAAGAAUUGGGUCCUAUGACGGUGUCUGUGCACGAUCACAUUGCAUUUAAAAUAAUGAAGACAGACGCUGGAAUAGCAGACUUGGACGUGGCCGCGACUAGUCCUUUGGGUCACGAGCUUCCGUUACAAGUCACUCCAUUGAACGAUGGUGCUGAGAUGGUGGAAUUUUCUCCGAGUGUACCUGGCAGUUACAUGAUUAAUAUCACAUACGGAGGAUGUCCCAUACCUGGUAGUCCACUAGUAUGCGCGGUCGAUGCAGCCGGACAAGCUCGCGCAAAAGGAGAAGGCCUGUUAAGUGGCCAUGUAGAUAAACCAGCACAUUUUAUCGUAACCGGCACAAGGAGUCCCCCGGCAGUUCAAGUGGAUGGUCCAGACAGUGUUUCGAAAGCGGUUGUCGAAGCUGGGGCUAAUCCAGGCACUUGGAACGUUUCUUACGUUCCAACUGAAGUUGGAGUGUUCGAUAUUCGAGUUGUUUCUGCGGGUCAGCAGCUUCCGGGAUCUCCUUGGCACCCAAAAAUCAUAGAUACACGAAAUCUUCGCGUAAUCGGUGGUUGGUCAGCUGUAUGCGACGAGCUUGGGCGUUUGAAGUUACACUCAUCGAAUAAAAUUAGUUUCGACACUGCUGAGGCUGGACCAGGGGAGCUCACUGGGAAAAUAGGGGAUCAAAUGCUAUCUUUCGAAAUGUCUUCGAACAACAGACUGAAACUUAUCGCGCCGCAAUUAAACGGCGGGGAACAUCGUUUAGAAAUAUUAUUUAACGGCAUACCAUUUCCGGGAGCACCAAAAUUAGCUAUAGUUCAAGAUUUAGAGCCACCGGUACAAGACACAAGUCGUGUGUUAUUAAGAGGAAGGGGACUGACAUCGGCGAAAUGUGGCGAAGAGGUUAGCUUCACGAUAGACGGUUCUCAAGCUGGCAACGGAACGCCGAAAGUUCAGCUUUUUUCACCGACUAACGAACUCAACGUGAUGCUUCAACACUUAGGGGACUCUGUUUAUCGUGCAAGUUACAUACCUCUGACUCCCGAUCCUCUGUUGAUGACCGUAUCGUGGAACGGAAGGCAACUAAAAGGAUGUCCUUUGCAAAUCAACGUAACAAGCGCGGCCGACGCGUCGCGAGUCAUUUGCUCCGGAGACGGAUUAAAAAAUGGCAUAGUUGGACAAGAAAUUAGAAGUUUCAUCGAUACAAGACGCGCAGGGCCCGGCGAAUUAACGGCGCACUGUGUUGGUCCCCACAAAGUGGCUUACUGCGAAUUGUACGACCACGGGGAUGCAACUUUCACGCUGAACGUAAAACCGCAGGAAGCUGGACGGCAUGCGUUAACGAUUAAAUACGCAGGGGAACAUGUUCCAGGUUCGCCUUUUACGUUGCGUGUUUCCGGUGCUCCGGACGCUUCGAAGGUACGAGUAUAUGGGCCAGGAAUCGAACACGGAGUAUUAGCAACGUUUCAAUCGCGUUUUAUCUGCGACACUCGUGGCGCAGGUGCUGGCCAACUCACGGUGAGAGUCCGUGGACCUAAAGGAGCAUUCAGAGUAGAAAUGCAAAGAGAAACUCAAAAGGAUCGGAUAAUACUCUGUCGAUACGAUCCGACGGAACCGGGCGAUUAUAGAGUCGAAGUUCGCUGGGCAGGCGUUUUGGUUCCGGGCUCUCCGUUCCCAGUUAAGAUCGUUGACACGCAAGACGAGUUAUUAAUGCUAACGCAGGGUGGAGAUAAUUAUUCAACGGGACAUCAUACGAUUGCGUCAUGGCGCGGAUCGCAAGCUAUAUUGUAAGAACCAUUGCAUAUAAAAACUGUUACUAUUUUCUACGGACUAAUAUAUUUUGCUAAUAUAUAAUUAUAUUGUAACUUAUCCAAAUGUUCGCAAUAAAAUCGA